UUUCUCCUUUGUAAUAUGUUGUGAUUUUCUAUCAUAUUUUCAGUCAAAUCAAAUAUAAUUAUGGGGUGCCAAGCUUUUUAUUAAUUGUGGUGCCUUAAUUUCUAAGAAUUUAUUGUUUUCAUGGCGCUCUUUGUAGGAGCUUCUUUGAUGGAAAUCACUGUUAUGUAUGUUUGAUUUACACGAAAUGGAGGAUCCCACUUUUUUCACACAAUAUGAAACGACCAACCCUAUUGAGUAUCCAUUUGAUGAUUUCAAUUUCCAAUCUGAAAGCUAUUCAUCCUAUCCAAGAAUCAAUGGUUCAUCCAUUAAUGAAGCUUCUCAUCAUCAGCUCGACGUCUUUGAAAAGCCGCCAUUAAAGCAACUCAAGACCAACAAUUGGAGUUCUUGCAUCUCACCUCAAAAAGCUUCUUUUUCUUCUUCAUCUUCCCAUAUAAUCUCCUUCAACAACUCCAGUUCAUCUCUGCUAUAUUAUGGUGUAGACUGUGAUUUGAAACCCAAAAAUGAGGUCUCAAAGAUGGUGGGUUCAUUGACUAGGGUUCCAUUACUGGCACAAGAACAUGUAAUUGCUGAAAGAAAACGUCGUGAAAGGAUCAGCCAGAGCUUCUUAUCUCUUGCAGCACUAAUUCCUGGCCUGAAAAAGAAAGACAAGAAUUCAGUUCUUGGAGACGCUAUCGAAUACUUGAAGCAACUUCAAGAGAGAAAGGCAAGGCUGGAGGAACAAGUUGCUAAGAGAACAGUGGAAUCAGUAAAAUUUGUGAAGAAGACCACCCAAUUUUACGCGCAAGAUGAUCAAACAUCUUCCUAUGAUGAGAGCUUCGAUACCCAAUCUAAAAACCCAUUCCCCGACAUCGAAGCAAGAGUUUCAAACAAAGAUGUGCUGAUUAGAAUCCACUGCGAGACCAACAAAGGGUGCAUAUCAAACAUCAUAAACGAAGUCGAAAAGCUUCAUCUCUCCGUGCUUAAUAGCAAUGCCUUGCCCUUUGGACAAGCUACUCUUUAUAUAACCAUUGUUGCUCAGAUGGAAGAUGAGUUUUCGAUGACAUUGAGGGAUCUUGUGAAAACCCUACGAGAGGGUUUGCUCAGCUUCAUGUGAUAAUUAACUUUGUAAAACCAUGUGAUCUUAGGGAAAAUAAACUCUAUAGAGAUUUUUUCCCCUCUUCCUUUCAUUUUUAUUUUUGCAUCUCGUGAUUUUCUGUAGCUAAUAAUGGAAUAAUGGAAUCUGGGUUUUCGAUUUGCUGCUAAA